AGGGGAGGCAGCCUGAAUGAUCUCAUCCCUCCAGCAGCUGCAUACCGCAGCGAGGCAAACCCGUAACUUUCUAUCAAACUUCCAAGUUGCCUUUCGGAGGAGGACACCGGGGCAUUUGGGGUCCGAACCGGAGCAUUUCUCCCCCUCGAAGGCAGGGAAGAGAGCUGCGUAGUUUGUAUCUCGGACUUCCAGCACCUUGUUACGAGUUGAGACAAAAGGAGGAAAACCCGCUUCGUGUUUGCGUGACAUCCAGAAAGGAGAAAAGGGCUGUGUGAGAAAAAUGCCCAGUGGUAGCGUCACCGCAGGAAGCAGUAUGCAGGCUUGAGUGCUGAAGAGGUGGGCUUGCCUCUCCACUUCCUGAUCCAGACAAUCAUAUUGCUCAUGAAGUCAGGGUGCAGCGUCCCAUACCCGAAGCAGCCAUGUCCACCUGCUAAGUGCCUUUAGCCUUUGGCACUGGUGUCAUGACCAGCCUGAAGCGCCCGCCAAUGGAGCGCACCGUUGGGGGUUCCAUCCCCGCCACUGAUGAGUUUUACACCCGCCACCUCCGUAUGGCCAAUGGAGGGGCUGUCCCCACCCGCACAGACAAUGUCCAUGCCACUGUGAGCACAGGAGUGCCUAAAAUGGGUGUACGGGCUCGGGUGGCUGACUGGCCUCCAAGGAAAGACAUUACAGGGGCUCUGUGGCACUCAACUACAGAAUCAGACAACUGCUAUGUGUCCUCAGCUGGAAAAAGUCACAUUAAGUUAGGCUCUAUUAUGAGCCCUCAGGACUCAUCAAUGCUGCGUAACAUCCACAAUACUUUGAAGAAUCGAACCCAGGCCCAGGCUAACAAUUACAGCCCUGACACCCGUUAUCUGGCCCCAGGAGACUACAAAGGUCCUGCACAUAGAAACCCACGGCAGAGACGCAUCCGUCAGCGCAGUAAUAGUGACAUGACUAUCAGUGAAAUGGAAGGCAGUGGAGACAGUGGAGAGGACUGGGGUCCAUCACCGGGAGCCAAAUGGCCCCCUCUUCACCGCGAAUAUGGCAGCACAUCCUCUAUAGAUCAGCAUGGAGUAUCUGGAGAGAGCUUCUUUGAAAUGCUUAAGGGCUACCAAGGAGACAAAGUUGACCAGCGUAGCCCUGCUCCAGAAAAACUAGAGGACAUGCUGAAUGUUGGGUCUAAGCAGGGCGUCAUUGACCUUCAGGAGGAUGUCACAGAUGGCCAGCUUCCUAAAGCUAAGGACAGAGAUAAACCUCCAAAGAGACGCACCAAGUCUGAGACAGGAGGUGAGUCUAUAUUCCGUAAACUUAGGAACGUGCGAGGUGAGUCGGAUUCUCCCAGAGCGGGGUCUGAUGCAGAGGACAGCCGGACAGAUGACAUGGGUCCCCCUCUCAAGCCCUGGGUGUGUCAGAAAGGGUUUGCGCACUAUGAUGUUCAGAGCAUGCUCUUUGACCUCAACGAAGUAAUUCAGUUGCGACAGACUGCAGGCAAGAGGAAGAACACCACCACGGGGGCAUCUGCUGCUGCUGUAGCCUCAGCUACUUCCACGCUGUCAUCCACCCACAGCCUGCCUUACAGCUCCCCGAGUGGCAGCCAGGAAGAACUCAACUCUAGGGACAGUCCGAGCCUGGACGCAGGUGAAGAGCAGAGCAACGAAAUGCUACUCAGUUGCCCAUGCUUUCGCAAUGAGAUCGGUGCUGAUGGCAACGGGAGGCGCAAGUUGGGAGCAGGUGGAGCGGGGUAUCAUGGACUUGUGGGGGGUGGAGCUGGCAGCAGCGGCUCAGGAACCCUGACUGUGGAGGCUAACUUGUAUGAAACAUCUGUGAGCACACACUGCACCAAUGCUGGAGUGGCAGUCCUUGAGGGGCCAAAGGAGGGCCCCAGCACGCUCAGCGAAAAGGGCAAACAAUACAUCGUGGAACAUGUGGACCUGGGAGCCUACUACUAUCGGAAGUUCUUCUACCUUAGGGAGCACUGGAACUACUUUGGGAUAGAUGAGGCGCUGGGUCCAGUGGCAGUGAGCUUACGCAGAGAGAAGCAGGAGGAGGACAAGGAGCAUGGCCAGCAGUACAACUACCGCCUCAUCUUCAGAAGCAGCGAGCUCACAACCCUGCGAGGAUCUAUACUGGAGGAUGCAGUGCCUUCCACUUCUAAGCACGGCACCACCCGAGGGCUGCCCAUUAAAGAGGUCCUGGAGUACCUUCUCCCAGAACUGGAUCUGUCCUGCCUCAGACUGGCCCUCAACACACCCAAAGUCACUGAACAGCUGAUGAAACUGGAUGAGCAAGGGCUGAGUUUUCAGGUGAAGGUGGGGGUGAUGUACUGCCGGGCGGGGCAGAGCACAGAGGAGGAAAUGUACAACAACGAGAUGGCUGGUCCCGCCCUGGAAGAGUUCCUCCAACUGCUAGGGGAGAAAGUUCGCCUCAAGGGCUUCACCAAGUACAGAGCCCAGCUGGACACCAAAACGGAUUCCACAGGCACUUACUCCCUGUACACUUCAUACAAGGACUAUGAGAUCAUGUUUCAUGUGUCGACGCUGCUGCCUUACACACCCAACAACAAACAACAGCUGUUAAGGAAGCGCCACAUUGGGAACGACAUAGUGACCAUUGUGUUCCAGGAGCCUGGAGCUCAUCCCUUCACCCCCAAGGCCAUUCGCUCUCACUUUCAGCAUGUCUUCAUCAUCGUACGGGUGCACAACCCCUGCUCUGACAACACAUGCUACAGUGUGGCUGUCACCCGUUCCCAGGACGUUCCCUCUUUUGGCCCACCAAUCCCCAAGGGCGUGACCUUCCCAAAGUCCACCGUCUUCAGGGACUUCCUGUUGGCCAAAGUCAUCAACGCUGAGAACGCAGCCCACAAGUCGGAUAAGUUUGGAGCCAUGGCAACACGCACACGUCAGGAGUAUCUGCGGGACUUGGCAGAGCGUCAUGUCACCAGUACACCAGUAGAACCCACUGGGAAGUUUCCCUUCAUCUCUCUGGCGCACAAACGACGGGAGAAGGUGCGUCCGUACAGCGGGGCGGAGCUGAGGAGUCUGGGAGCUGUAACUUGGCAGGUACAUGCUGAAGAUCAGGUAGCCGGUGCUGAACGCGAGUGUCUGUUGGCCAUUUCAAAUGACUUCAUCAUCCUUUUGGAUCAAGAGGCCAAAGCAGUCGUGUUUAACUGUGCCACACGUGAUGUGAUUGGUUGGUCAACGGGGAGCCCCGCCUCCAUGAAGAUCUACUACGAGCGAGGGGAGAGCGUAUCACUGCGCUCCAUUAAUAACAAUACAGAGGACUUUGGAGAGGUUGUCAAAAGACUGGAGCUGUUAACCAAGGGCAGUCAGACAACAGAGAUGACCCUUCGUCGUAACGCCCUGGGCCAGCUGGGCUUUCAUGUCAACUUCGAGGGCAUUGUAGCAGAGGUGGAGCCCUACGGUUACGCCUGGCAGGCUGGGCUCAGGCAAGGCAGCCGAUUAGUGGAGAUUUGCAAGGUGGCAGUGGCCUCACUGUCCCACGAGCAGAUGAUUGACCUGCUCAGAACCUCCGUCACUGUCAAAGUGGUCAUCAUUCCACCACAUGAAGACUCCACACCACGCAGAGGCUGCUCAGAAAUCUACCACAUGCCGCUUGUGGACUACAAGAACCACAAGGAGGGCAUGCCCUAUGAGUUAAAGUUCCCCUUUCGCCCCACCAACAACAACAGCAAGUGGCCACGCACCUCAUCCAGCCCUCAAACACGCGCUGCUGGCUCAGGGGGAACCCUGAUCAAGGCCCCGCCCGCAGACUUCAGUAACUCUGCUGCUAUUCCCCGCAGUGUAUCCAGCGAUGGUCGACCUCUUAACCCCAAAAGAUAUUCCCCAGGGAACGACAACUAUGCUCUUGCCUGCUCCAUCGUAAUGGGUCGCACACUGCACAACACAAACUCCCCUUCCAGCCUCUCUUACACAGACACCAUAGGCUCCAGCCACUGGAGGCAGAAAUCUGUACCUGAUGGGUUUAAUAACAACAACUGCCAGUCCCCUGUGUCAUCUGUGCACCAGGUGGCAGGUGAGGGAGCCAAUGGGAUGAAAGGGUCUUCUAGCGCUGGUGUUGGAUGGUCCCGAACUGGGGAGGGUGAUGCAGCUAGUAGUAGACUGGGAGACAAAACCAGCUCAGACACUGUGGUUUCCAAGGCAAUUCCUCGACUCCAGCCAUCAGAGCAGAGCAGCCACAUGUCUCCAAACAAGAGCACUAAGGCAGACGCUCCGUAUUCUUCAAGCCAGUCGAGCAGCAACACACUGUCGAGCAACGCCUCCAGCUCCGCUCACAGCGAUGAGAAGUGGUACGAAGUCGGUUCCCGUUCGGGGGUACGGAGCGAACUAGAGCUCAACGGCUAUCUUCAGGGCGCCUCCACUGACAGCGGCAUCGAUGCCAGCUCCUUCACUGCCACCCAAAGCAGCACAGCUUCCUCUACCGGUGCCUUCAGGGCCAAGGACAAAAUCCCAUGGCAGGAUGACCCAGCGGCCAGUCAGAGGGCCACUGACGCUUCCCCACCGACACCAGACUCUCUUGUCGCCACUGGAGGCACUGACAUCCCGGCAAAGAGCCCAUCAGCCUUUCCACUAGGUGCCGAUAGCGGCUCCUACUGCCUGAGCGAUGUAGCCUCCCAUUCCAGCACAAUCAGUUCUGGUCACUCAGGGAGUCCGAUGGGACAGGGCUGCAGGCCCAUGUCGCCACAGAACGAGGCGGGUGCUGUAGCCACCUCACCCACAUCUCUGAACUCUCAGUCCCCGGGGACCAAGAGCUUCUACCCUCGUCAGGGAGCAACCUCGAAGUACUUAAUUGGCUGGAGGAAGCCUGGGGGAACUGUCAACUCUGUGGACUUUGGCAGCACUCGCAAACGGCACCAGAGUGAUGGUCUGCUGGGGGGGCAGCCCCAGCUCAGGGCCAAUCUCCGGGGCUCCCAGUCACCCCAGCGGCACACUGCCAAGUCCAGCUUGGAAGAAGACUUGAAGAAGCUCAUCACUCUUGACAGCCCUCCACCCACUACAAGUGAAGAGAAGCCGCCGUUUCCGGGCCCGCCACCCAGUCGACGUUCCCUUCAGAGAACGCUGUCUGACGAGAGCAUCUACAGCGGACAGAGGGAAGCGUCCUCCAGUGGACAGCGUGACACUCCCACUGACCUUCUGUUCACCUGCUCCACCAUGCCACGCUCUCCCACCGCCCGUCACGGACCAAGCCGGCGAGCGUCACACAAAUCUCUGGGAGAUCUGUCAGCCCCAGAGAGCUCAGAGCUGGAGCAGGAGAGGAAGAGGCAGCAGCUGCAGGACCCUGUUUUAAUGCCCCUGCCUGACACUGGGGCAGAUGGCCCGCUGGAUUGGGCCCACCUGGUCGACGCUGCCAAGGCCUUUGAGGAGCAGAGACUGGUUUUCCUAGCAGCCCAAGAGGAGAACUCCAUGGCUGAGAACGCAGCAGCCACCAGCCCCCAGCAGGCUGAGCCUCAGGCAGCGCCACUCAGACAGCCCUCGCCAGGAGAGACUCCAGCCUGCUUGAUGGGGAAGGUGAGCCAACUGGAGUCCAUGGUGAAGGUGCUACAGGAGGACCUGAAGAAGGAGAAGGAUGCGAAGGCGUCGCUACAGGCUCAGAUCCAGAGCCUGCGAGAGGACAACCAGCGUCUCCUGGAGGAGUCCUACAGCGCCUCAGCCAAGCUCAAGAAGUUCACAGAGUGGGUCUUCAACACCAUCGACAUGAACUGAUGCACGCGGCUGCCGACUGCCUUCCACUGGAAGUAUAACCACUACUCGAGCUGAUUUCAAACUCCCAGUACACAACAGAACCACUUACAAAAACUCUGUCUCUCUUGGGCUUUUACAAACCAGUGCCAACAUGGAUUUACACGCCAUCUUUCAUCAGUCUUGUGGAUCUGUUGAAAAAUCACCACAAAAGACUGAUUACAAGGAAAAACAUUGGGGGUGGAGAAAAGGAGGAACUGUGUAUCAGUUGUCAUCAGCAUGCACUCCCUUCCUUAGGAGUUCUUCAAUUAUAUGAUGCUUUGUUUCCAAUCUAAUGGACUGUUGGUGUCCCUGCAUGUCAGAGAGAGAGCAAGAUGUUGAAACUAACCUAAAGGGAUUUAAAGUUACUGUCCCCAUUUAGCUCCCCAGCUAAGCUAAUUACAAGUGAACAGAUUUCCAAUUAAAAUGCUCUAACACAAAUUAAAAUUUCUCCAUGCCUUGCAAGAGCUGGUGAUUAUAAUCCCGUGUUGCUCUGAUAAAGGUCGACACUCUCUUAGAAUUAAGUGACAGUUUGCUGUAAAAUCAUUGCAGUUGAGACAUUCUUCAAUUCCACCAGUUCAGAGACAAGAACAUUGAUUAUUUUUGUAUUACUAACCAAAAAAUAGAAGCUAUAUGAGAUGAUGCGAGAUGUCAUUUUUGAUGGUAAUAUGCGUAGACAGCCAGACAGACUCUUGCAAGGUCAUGGGUCUGUCUGUAUGUAAAAGAUUGUGCAAGUGUAUCAAGGAUUAUUGCAAGUACAACUUGUAUGGGACUACUGCUAAAAUGAAAAGAAUAUAUAUUGUACAAAACACAAUAUGGGUGCCAUAAAGAUAGAAAUUGACAAUUCACUGUCACUUAUUCAGAUUAUUGUAAAUAUACGAUGUUAACAUUUAUUUUCUCACACCUUCCCUUGAUAUUGUAAAGAGUAUUUAUGACAAAGAUGAUGGCCGAGAAAAGACAAACAGCCAUAUGCAGUUAUACAUAUGUAUGUACCUAUAAUGGUCGGUGUACUGUAAGAGACGGUGUAUAUCCUUUGACAUUUUAAUGGCUAACUUUUCAUCCAAAAUGCUAAUGAUUAGGUUUUCUCUCCUAAAACCUUCUGUUGCCUUGCCUGCUGCAGUGGAUUGAUAGACAGUGCCACCUAGUGUUGACAACAUGUAAAAUGCUACAUGGAACUGAUCCCCUUCUCCAUCCAUCGCAUGCUAAAAGGCCUCAAUCUGAUCCUUAAUUCUCUCAAUAGAUUAAAACGGUACUGUUCGGUAUAAGAUUACAGAGUAAGAUAUUGUGUAAAUCCUGAGAUUCCACUUACAGAGUUUUCUGUAGUGUGUACAUCUGCUUGAAAGCCCAACCAGAAUUUGGUCUGUACGUGACCAAACAAAGCCCUUAUUUAAGCCUCAUACUGUAACUGUUUCCUUUUGUACUCAGAUACUGUGCAACUGUAUAUAAGGAGAAUUUAAUAUUCAUCAAAAUUUGCACCUUUAUUCUUAUUUUUUACUAUUGUUUUUGAUGUAUUUCUGCUUUACUGGCUAGAGGAGAGUGAAAGGAGUGAAAGAUUUUUAAAAAAUGAAACUGGACAAAGAUCACAAGUUAGACUCAGAUGGAAAGAGACCCAGGCCCCUAACACAGCAGAUCGCCCCUAUGCCUUCAUUCUUAACAUGUGUGACAGCAUGUGAUUCUGUUUCCAUUGAGCUGUGAUGUGUAAAAAAAUGUUUAUAUCUAUUAAAGAUAUUUUGUUGAAUUACA